GACGAAGAAUGUACCAAUAAGAUUUCAGUGAGUAAGGUUAAUUUUGUUUGUGAUUCAGGACCCAGUGUAGGUGUAAGAUUUUGUACAGCAUUUUGGAUUUCCAAAAAUGGCCAGCGACACAAAGAAAAAUAAACAGAAGACUGGAAAAGGCCCAGACCCACAGGAAAUUAUAGCUGGAUUUCAUACAUUAAGGGCGGAACAACGAACACUCAUUUCAAAACUUUCGGAGUUUGAACAAGACUUAAAUGAACACAAGAUGGUAAUAGAGACGCUAAAAAACGUCAACGAAGAUAGAAAAUGCUAUAGGCUGGUAGGCGGAGUCUUAACAGAACGCAGAGUGAAAGAUGUGCUGCCAGUUUUAUUGACAAAUCAAGAAAAGCUUUUGAAAUUUAUUGAAAAAAUGGAUGAACAGCUGGCCAAAAAGGGCCAGGAGAUUAACGAAUAUAGAGAAAAGUUUAAUAUCAAAUUUCGCGGCUUAGAUAACGCUAAACAAGAAGACAAAGAAGUACCAGAAUCAUCUCGUGGAAAUGUUUUAGUGUCAUAAAAUUAACAAAUGUACAUUAUAAAUUGUGAAACUCAUACCUAAAAUGGUGUAAAGUUAAUAUCGACAUGCAUAACUUUUUGUUACUGAUUUUAUUUUUUUCAUUUUAUUUAAUAUUGAAAUGUUAUUGUGGAGCAUCAGGUUGAUUGAAAUAAAAUUGUUUUGUAAGUACUCUUCUGUAAAUUAGAGUAGAGUUUCAAAUGAAUAAAAAAUAUCUUUAUAA